GAAGCGUGAAAACGACGCCUCUCACCAUCAGAGUGAGACCUCUUCCGUCCCUCCCUCUCCCCCUGUCCUCCCCCUGCUCUCUCCCCCUCCUCUCCCGUGACGCUGAAGCAGCCGAGCCGCUGCCGGUUCGUUCCCCUCACUCCGCCCGGCUUGCUGCGUGCUGCACACCGCGUUUUGACGGGAGACACACCGAAACAGAGCGGGUACAGAAACCACCGGGAACAGAUCUGCACCUGAAGUGCACGCACUGAGGAUUAACGGAGAGGGAAAGUUGAAGCGCUGCUGCGACAGGGAGCCGCUCCACACUGCUGUCCAGUUAACAAGGUCAGAGAUCAGUGAAGGCAGUGGUACCAGUGGACAGAGAUGAUGUCCAUGCAAAUGAGUGAGGCGGACAGUGUGGUGAAGGUGGCGGAGUGGCAACAGACCUACUACGCCUCAGACUCUGGCAUCCAAUCAGGAGCCACCACAGUCCGGGACGAUGAGAGCAGCACAGAGUACAGCGGCCGUAAGAAGUACACCAGCAGUACUACGACCAGUACUACCACUGCUCCUACUGCUGCCACCGCUGGAGGAGGAGGAGGAGACGCAGCUGGACUAGAGAGUCCCUCCGAUUUAGACGCUCAGUACUCACUAACCCGGGCUCAGCGUGUCAGGGCCGCCAUGUUCCCAGAGACCCUUGUGGAGGGGGAGGCAGCCAUGCCCGUCCAAUCAGAUCCUACGCAGCAGAGCAACGUGCAACGGUUGGCUGAACCCUCCCAGCUGUUGAAGACGGCUAUUGUCCACCUGAUAAACUACCAGGAUGACGCUGAGUUGGCCACCAGGGCGGUGCCAGAGCUAACCAAGCUGCUGGCAGAUGAAGAUCCGGUUGUUGUGAAUAAGGCGGCCAUGAUAGUCAACCAGCUGACCCGUAAGGAGGCCAGUCGUCGGGUGCUGGUGCAAUCUCCAGCCAUGGUGGGCGCUGUAGUGCGUGCCAUGACAACGGCAGUCGACAUGGAGACAGCCCGCUGUGCGGCCAGUGUCCUCCACAGCCUGUCGCACCAGCGGGAGGGACUGAUGGCCAUAUUCAAGUCUGGAGGGAUACCAGCAUUGGUCCGCAUGCUGAGUUCACCAGUGGAAUCAGUCUUAUUUUAUGCCAUCACCACCCUCCACAACCUGCUUCUGCACCAAGAGGGGGCCAAGAUGGCGGUGCGUCUUGCUGAUGGCCUGCAGAGGAUGGUUCCCUUACUGAAAAAAAGUAACCCCAAGUUCCUGGCCAUCACCACUGACUGUCUGCAGCUGUUGUCCUACGGCAACCAGGAGAGCAAACUGAUCAUCUUAGCCAAUGGGGGCCCAGAGGGUCUAGUGUUUAUCACGAGGAACUACAACUAUGAGAAGCUACUGUGGACUACCAGCCGUGUUCUCAAAGUGCUGUCGGUCUGUCCCAGCAACAAGCCAGCGAUUGUAGAGGCUGGCGGUAUGCAGGCUUUGGGCCAACACCUUACCGGUUCUAGUCAGCGUCUGAUCCAGAACUGUCUGUGGACACUCCGCAAUCUGUCAGAUGCAGCAACCAAACAGGAGGGUUUAGAUGGUCUUCUGCAGAUACUGGUCACCCAGCUGGGCUCAGAUGACGUCAACAUGUUGACCUGCGCAACUGGCAUCCUGUCCAACCUCACCUGUAAUAACUCACGCAACAAGACUCUGGUGACUCAGUACGGUGGUGUAGAGGCGUUGAUCCAUGCCGUGCUUCGUGCUGGGGAGAAGGAGGAUGUAGCUGAGCCAGCGGUCUGCGCCCUGCGUCACCUCACCUCCCGCCACCAGGAUGCCGAACUGGCCCAGAAUGCCGUGCGGCUGCACUACGGUAUCCCAGCUGUCGUCAAGCUGCUGGGGCAGCCACACUACUGGCCUGUAGUAAAGGCUACCGUUGGUCUGAUCCGGAACCUGGCUCUGUGCCCGGCCAAUCAGGCGCCAUUGAGGGAGGCGGGUGCUAUUCCACGAUUGGUCAACCUGCUGCUGAAAGCUCACCAGGACACGCAGAGACACGCCUCCUCCGCACAGCAGACAUACCAGGACGGAGUUCGUAUGGAGGAAAUAGUAGAGGGCUGCACAGGAGCACUUCACAUUCUGGCCAGAGAUCCCAUAAACAGAGGAGAGAUCGCCAGCAUGCAAACCAUCCCACUGUUUGUACAGCUGCUGUACUCGUAUGUGGAGAAUGUGAAGCGAGUAUCGGCAGGAGUCCUGUGCGAGCUGGCCCUGGACAAACAGUCUGCAGAGCUCAUCGAUGCAGAGGGGGCAUCAGCACCCCUCAUGGAGUUGCUGCACUCCAACAAUGAGGGAAUCGCUACCUAUGCUGCUGCAGUGCUGUUCCGAAUUUCCGAGGACAAGAGUUCAGACUACAGGAAGAGAGUGUCAGUGGAACUCACACACUCGCUCUUCAAACACGACCCUGCCGCCUGGGAAGUGGCCCAUACUGCAGUCCCUCUGGAGCCUACAUACCUAGCUGAUGAGUUAGACGGCUCUUACCCACCCUAUGGCUAUGCUGAUCUGCCUCUGGACACCAUGCCGCUAGACCCAGACCUCCACGAGCCCUACAUCCCCGAGAUGACCUAUGACCCAAGACAGGCCUACCCUGAACCACUCUAACAGGAGAAUAAAACAUAAAAGCUGAAAGUAAACAGGUGAAUGAGCAAAUCACAGGAGAAAGACUGGAGGAAUGGAUAAUGGAAGAAGCUUGGAGAUUUGAAUCACAAAGGGAAUUAACCCCUUUUCAACAAGUGGAUAAAAAUCCCAUUUGGCAAUCAAGAACUAUCAAAAGAGGUUGCUUAUUAAAAGAGGUUUAUUGUUGCUGUAAAUGAAAAAUGUAACUUUGUUAUAAUGUUUUACUGUUGGCUGAAAGUGGUGGUGGUGGUGUGUAUGUAUGGGGGCGGGGCGGGGUCUAAAGUUUUGAGGCGUUGUUACACGGGUAACUUUUUGAAGCAAUCAAGUCAGUUAGGAUCGACAAAGUCACGUGAUAAUCCUCACCAAAUGUAUGAACGUCUCACCUGUAAAGAAUCUACGAGUUUGAGAGAAUCAGAAUUUGCUGAAAUGUUACAAAAUGUACAAGUGUGACAGUGUUAGUGAUGCGAUGCCUGUUGUAAUAUUAGUUGUGAUAUACAGGGACUUUUCCCCCCAACACAUGGGUAUCUCAUUACAUUAUAAUUAACUAUGACCCCCUGGUACAACCAUUCACACCAUCACUAAACACUCACUAUGAAAACUAUUAAAAACUCUGCCUGCAAAACAUGCAGUGUUCAACAGAUUCUCUCUCCUGAUAAUAAUUACUGCCGGUCACUAUUGCUCCCAAAUGCUACCCGUGUAUCUCAGCCUGUAGCUGCUGUCUUUUAGAUGUCUCCUCUGUGUAUUUGAAGAGUGCACAUGUCCCAGGGUGUCCAUGUGUGGUCGUUGCAUGGUAGUAAAUCGUGUACUCGUUCAAAUAUUCUUCAUCUUUACAUACGGAGAAAGAAAGAAAAAAAAAGACAGUGGGUUUUUACAAGCCAUUUUGGAUUACGGCACCCAAACCUCAGUGUGGACUACAAAUCCCACCAUGUCCCAGCCUCACUUUCACUAAGCGGAUAUUCUGUUCAAAUGUCCACAGGAAACAGACUGCAGAUCUCACCAUUGUCUGGUCAUUUAGACCCACACACCUCCAGUGGAAAUGGACCACAGCUCUCUAAUCAAUACAUUUACAACAGUCCUUGCAUUGUGCUUCAACUUAAUGACAGAUGGCUUUUGUACCGAGGUCAGUCAUAGAAGUUUGUCAUCCACUGUAUGUCACUGUCAGCAGGGGGGUGGGGGCCGCAAACUCUGAAUAUAAUAUAAUAAUACUUGCUGCUGCUCACGGCAUGUAUUAAUGAGUCAGUGUUUGAUUGGUGUGCAGCACCUUUUCUACCUAACCUUCACAUUAUACAGUCCACAUUGUCUGCAUUAAAGAGUGGCUGCAGCUGGAAGGUGAACGUCGUGGACAGUUUGGAGAGCAACACGUCUGCUGUUGCUGGUUUCAUCGCCAACAACAGCAGCAGCUUUAGCCUGCAGUGUUAAGAAAGCACAACUUACAAUGACUUAUCAAUUGCUGAGGCAAUCUACCACAUUCAUAUUGUUCCUGAAUAUGAACUUCAUUAAAUUUUGUUAGAACUG